GUUCGACGAGACCUUCACAAAGAUCAUAUCAAGCGAAGAGUUCGUCUCAAUAGUGCAGCGUUCCUCAGUGUCCAACUUGGAACCAAAGCAGGGCUUGUUGCAGGGAGACUGCUUCUUUUCUUGCCUUAAUUAUCCUUGCAACUGCUUGGUCAUUAUUAUUGUUGAUGGCUCCUAGAGCAAAAUCUAAAAAGGUGGUAUCAAAUAAGAUGGGUGCAGCCUUGAAGGUCUUGACCCAAUAUGGCUUCAAAAAGGAUCACAUUGUCAGCACCAUCAAGGAGCUUAUUGAGGAAUACGGUGGAGAGGAUGGAUGGGUUUUUAUUGAGGAUAACGGUUACCAGGUUGUGGUCGACUCAAUCUUGGACAAACAGAGUUGUGAGCAACAGAAGGGUGGAAAAGAAGUGGGCGAGUCAAGCUCGAAUCCUCAUGUGGAACAGCUUGCACAUAGCUCUGAAAGGGAACACUGCCAUGCUCAGGAUCCUUUACCUGUAGUGGAGAUGCAAGAUUCGAAGAAAAGAAGAAGGGAGCCAUGCUAUGGUUGGAUCAGUGAGGAAGAAGAAGAUUAAGACUGCUUGAAAAUUCUUAUCCCAAUUUGGAGAUGAGACAUGGGGCCUUCUCGCUUUUGAAUCUUAACUUAUGAUACAAUUUCAUAACAUUAAUCUCAGUUUCUUUACAAAACUAUUUUGAUCAUUUCGUGAGCAAAUACUAACUGCUAAGAGAAUUUGUAGACCUACCAAGAAGCCGAAGGAACAAGUAUUCCGGGAAGCAAGACUGGCUACAUUUUGUACUUUGGUGGUUUGCAGAUCAUCUGAGUCCAUCUUUUUCAUCUUUAGGAAAUUUUGGGUGGAGUUUAUGUUGUCAUAUAUAUAUAAUUCAUCGUUUUUUCCUUCCUGUUUUUUUAGUUAAAUGACCGAAGACAAUGGCAAGCUUUUGUAUAGAAAUUCAGGCAGUGGAAUGUAUUAAAUGAAGUGAUCUUUAUAGGGUUUGAAAAUUUGAGAGAUGCAUGGUUUGUUUCA